AUGGCGGAAUCAAACGACGAAGUGGAAGCACUGAACAAGGAGUUUAAAUGGCUGAUAGAAGAGGAGGUACACCAUGUGUUGGAGGAGAUACAUAGUGUCAUGAUAGAUUGCAGCCGACGGUUUCCCUUGCGCUCAGUUCCAAAUGAAGACACAUUACUCAGACCACAGAGGAUAUUACUGGCAAGUCCUAAUGGCUCGUCAGGGAGUGUGAAAUGUGUGGUCACAAUGCUAGGAGACAUGCUCUGUGAGGCCGAUGUAAACUUCAAACACAAGCAGGGUAACAGCAGUCAGCAUUUCAGGACUUCCAUCAAACCAGAUGUACCCUGGAGGCUUCAACAGGUUCAGGAUGCUGGGAAUCACCUAUGUAGAGCCAUCAGGUCUCUGGAGGAUAGAGACAAGAACCAGUGUUUCCAGUCCGCCACAGAAGUUAUCAUGUUACUAGACAUGCUGAUGGAGAGCUUAAACAGAGCACGAGGUAGUCUGGCCUUGCCUAAGCGCAAAUCCUUGGAAGAGUUAAUUUCCAAUAGAAAUAUGCAAUCUUUUAACCCAUCAGUCCCUAAAGAUGUGGCCUUAAGUUUCUACAUACAUUCCCACAAGCUUAUCCUGGCUCUCUACAAUCUUCAUCCGAACCAACACCAGAGACUGGAAAUAUCCUCACGAUUACAGAUAGAAAGCUCGGUUCAGUGGUUAAACGAGGUACUAAUUCUUCUGACGGUGGCACUACAACAGUGCCAACAAUUUAAAGAUAAAAUAGAGACAUUGAAGAGUUUUGAAGACCUAGGCCUCAACCACUGGUUCAAAUAUCUUGAGUAAAGUUGAAGUUAAUAGAUGUAUAUUAUAAAAAAAAAAAUUGUUAUAAAAUUAUAAACUAAUCAUGUGUAUGUUAUAAGUGUACACAGAAUGUACUUGGACUGCCACAAAAUCAUCAAAUUAAAUAUGGAAAAAUAAAUAUGUAUCAAUAUGUAAAUAGGUGAACCAGCCAUCCAUUCAGAGGCCUUUCUCUAAUUGGAGAGAGUUUCAAACUGAUUAGUAAAACAGUUUCUGAAUGGUCAAUAUUAUUGAAUUGUGGUUAGGUCAUGAUUAAUGUUAUUCAAGGGUCAUGAACUUAAAAGAAAAAGUGCAUGUAUGUAUUCUUUGUCUUGGAAAUAUUGGACUGUUAAGAGCAACUUCAGAGAUAAAAGUGGCUUUUGUAAGACAUACCUUAUGCAUUUUAAUUGCUUUUUCUGCCAAAACAAUCUGUUGAAACCUCAUAUUAUUGCAUCUAGUGGUGGCUGUUUACAGCACGAACUGUUAUAAGGUAUAAAUCAAAAUACAGCAACAACAUGCAGAAUUUCAAAGCCAUAAUGGUGGUGAAUUCUGAUUUGCAUCUUUUGCCCUUUAAAUUAAAAUUGGUCAUAAAUAAAUAGUGGAAAGGAAAAUGUCUACAGGUUAUUUGGCAGCAAGCCAACAAGAAUUCAUUAAUAUCCUCACAUUGACGUUCUACAUGUUGUAUUAAUAAACCCUUUAGGAUUGGAUUGUGAUAGGACAUUGUCCGUCCGUCUAUAAAUUUUUGGCUUUGUAACCACUAAAUCUACUGCACUUCACUUAGAGCUGUAAAAUUUUAUCUCAAUUCGUCUCUUUCACCAGGGCAGAAUGCUGUUGAAAAUGGGUCACUUAACCAUUAACUUUAUGCCAGUUUUUGUGAUUUCACAUUUCACUUACGGGUGUAUGUGUUUUAGUGGUAACUGUGUAACAAAUUUAUCCUGCUGAAGACCGAUCAAUUGAGGGCUGAAGACCCAUGAACAGGCGAAUUCACAGCCUAGCAAAGGGAGAUAACCUAGUCAGCAGAAGCAUGUGUUAUCUGAUGCAAGAUAAAGGAGUGUACACAUCCAUCAUAUGACCGUUGCUCUCCAGUGAAAAAUUAGAGUAUCUAGUCUGAUGUGUAAUAAGGUAAAAUUGUCACAGUUUUUAUGAAAGUUUUAGUGUUAUGCUUUUCACAGUAAUUAAGACACUGCUGUUUUAUAAUGGCACCUUGUAAUAUGUGAUAAAAAAAAAAAUGUUACAUGUAAAUGUGUAUAAUAGAAAUAUUUGUGAGAAAUAUUGGGAAAAACUGUAAUUUACUUGUAAUAUAUAUUUAUAUAUGAAUUGUGUUGAGGCCAGCAUUAUAGAUUUAUCAUAGUGUCCUAAUUUUAUUAUGAAUGUUAAUUAUUAGAGAAAACAUCAAACAACCUUUGUAGUAUUUCUGUUCCAAGAGGUCAGAGCUCUAUGAAGGGGAAUUUUGAGUUCAGACUCUUUUAUCUCUAAAGGUAGAAAAAGUCUGACUAUAUCAUGUGACCUGUCAGAAAUGUUAGGCAACUAUUUUUGAUCACAUUUACCGAGUGAUGGAUAAAAUUGAGAAUCUAAAUAUUCUUGAAUCUGAGAAGUUCCUAAAGGAAAGAGAUGUCAUUUGUGCCUCAGGAAAAGGAUGAGACAGAUAAGUGGUAGAUAAUAAAUUAACAUCAGAGAAGGUUGCCUAACAUUUUUCACAUGGCACAUGGCACAGUUGGACUGUCUUUACCUACCUAAAGAGUUCCAACCUGAAACUCCCCUGGAUCAUGAAAUUUUGUCUCAAGGAUACUUUGUUUGAAUAAACUAAAAUAUCUCUCACUCAACAUAGGUAACAUUUCUGUCUUAUUUGCUGAAUGCUAUGUUCAACGCAUGGUUACUUUUGGAAAAGUCACUAUAAUUCGUUGAUUUAGUGAAUAGAUUAGCAUAAUCAUUUUGAUGUACUCAUCAACUGAGAAAAAAAUGUUGAAUUAUCAAAUCAUAAUGAGUCAUAGUAUGUGAGUUAAAUGACGUACAUUUUGAAUAUUUUGCCAAAU